GAUGAAGUUCUCAACGUCACACGCAGGAUCUUCAAGUUGUCAUUAUAAAGGCUAGCGCUCCUAGUCAUGGCUCGCACCUCGUCGUUGGUGUCGACGACUCCAAGUGUCAUCGCGCCAGCAGAUGUUACCAUCGGCCAUGUGCAACUUCGAGAUUUAAUCAUAUGUCCACGCGAGGCUGGUAUUGUCAAUUACGUUCAUAAGGGCUCGAUUAUUGAGCAUGAUCUUCAUGCUCCAGACCUGGCACCAAAACCCUUAGCCGAUCUCACAUUUAUCCCAAACACACUUUCUUCGCUAACCCUUUCCGAUUCCCCGCACACACUGCUCGCAGCAGGUGGUCAAGACACCGAGAUUCACCUCUCACUUCACAGUCCAUCACGUACCCGUGCGCUCUGGCAGUUCUGCCGCAAGCUCAGGGGAAGCAUCAACAACUCCGUCCUCCUUGCACGUGCAUUCGACGGUUCUCAUGAUCCACGGCUCGUCGUAAGUAAUAAUGACUGGACAGUUCGCCUCUACGACGUACCCCUCCGAGUUCGUUGGGCACAGGAUCUCAGGUGCUGUGGGACCCUCACACUCAAAGAGCCUGUGAAUCACUCCUCUAUCUCGCCCGACGGCCGUACCUUACUCUCAGUCGGAGACUCUCCUCGGAUCUACCUCCACUCCCUUUCAGGCAACGCUCAACUUACCUUCAAUCGCGUCACAACAUUAGAGAUCCCGUCCGCCAUUUCCAUCCAUCCCAACUCUCUUGUAGCAUCCUUUAGCACGGCAUGGAGUGCCGACGGACUUAAGUUCGCUGUUGCUUGUCAAGAAGGAGUUAUCGCAAUCUGGGACGUGCGGAGCACAAAGCCGCUAAAGGUGCUGCAUACGAGUCGUGAGAGAGGCGGUGGUGACAGCGGGUGGAUGAGUGAUGAACCAUGGGACUGGACGCGUAGACCCUCACGUGCGCCAGGAUGGGGCGCACGGAGCGUGAAGUUUGGGUGUGGCGGAGUUGGCGGGCGAGCAGGACACGAGGUGAUGACAUAUACUGAGCACACCAAUUUCCUGCACGUCCUCGACGCUCGAACAUUCGAAACUGAGGAAAUUAUUCGCGUGCCCAACAUCUCUUGUAGCCAAACUCCUCCUGCUCACACACCCACCCCUGCUUCACUUAGACAUUCAGGAGGCCGACUGAGUGCACGUGUCGCACGCCGCGAUGAUGGCAUUUUCGUCAUACCUCAGCGCGGUGCGCCGCCCCGGACGACGUCAUGGACGAGCGCAUCGCCCUCUAGGAUGUCAGAUCGGAUAGGUGGGAGUGAUGAAGGCGAUACGAUGGACGUUGAUGAACUCGAGGUGGACUGCUUGUCACGUGGGGGCUCGCCACCUCCAAUGAACUCGUACCGCCCCUCAAGUCCAUAUCGGCCCAUCAGCCCGUCACCUCUUUCUUCCCAAACAUAUCGUCCCACAAGUCCACCGUACCGCCCUGCAAGCCCUCCGUACCACUCCAUGACACCCUCAUCCCACCCCUACCAGCGCACCCCGCGACGAACGCAUGGGGAGGAAGGAGAAGUCGAACGUGCAGGAACGGUGACAGAGCAUGAAGAUGUGGAUAUUGCAGGGACGUGCUUCGACCCGACAGGAAGUUUCCUGUAUGUCGCGACGACGACUGGUGUUGCCGAGUGGGCCGUGCGCGGUUCAGAAAAACGUUGGUGGGGGAGUGGACAGUGGGCUUAGGGCCCCGUUUGUGCCUCCCUCGCGUGUUUCAACGCACGCGUAUGUCUUUUCACGAUUUUCGGACGUGUCACAAAUAGUUUUCUGUGGGGCUGGCCAUAUGUACUCUUGUGCUCAUGUGGUUUGAUCUACUGCUGUUUCGGUUUCUUACUGGUCACAUUGUCAUCUUACUAUCCUUUCUUCGUUGUCGUCUUCUCAUGCUCACUUGCUCACAUCAUGCUUUCUCAUGCCUGACCGUGCUCAUCUCAUGUACCGUACUAGUUGCAUUUCUAUAUUCUGUUUCUGAUGUUUGUAUACGUACACACUCACGAACUUGAUACCAACCACGCUAGUGAAUUUAUGAUGUAUCCAUUUCUGUUGUGUAUCG